AUGGCGGACGUAAUACCCUAUCUCCCACCAGACCAACAACAGGCCGCUCUCAAUGCGCCAGCCUUACCAGCCCCAGAUGGCUUUACUCCCAACUUCGACAACCCUUCGAAUAACAACCCUCUGGCCUACGGUGUCAUCGCCGCCUGCGUCGUCGUUUCGAGCCUCUGCAUGAUAAUUCGGUUCUAUGCAAGGAUUUUCCUGUUCAAGAAGCUGAAGCUGGAAGAUUCGAUCUUAAUCGAGUGGACGCGAGUACUUGUUCCCGUCGGUACGCGAAAUGCGUUUAUGUGGUGCUGUUAUGCCCUCAUUGGAUUAAAUAUCGCCCUUUUGAUCUCGAUCCCUAUCGCACUAUCCCUCAUUUGCUUCCCGUACGAGAAGAUUUGGGAUUUGACGCUCCCAGGAACUUGCAACAACCAGUUUCUUGUCGGUCUUGCGUCUGCUUCGAUUAAUCUCUUUAUCGACGUUGCCAUGUUGGUUCUUCCUCAGCGAGUUAUCUGGAACUUGCAGUUAUCGCUCAAGAAGAAGCUUGGUGUUUCUUUCUUCUUUUCCCUUGGUAUUUUGGCUUGUAUUUCGGCUAUUUUCCGAGUAUCGACGCAAGUGGCUAUUGUAUCCGAAGCGGACGCGAUAUACCAAUUCGGGCCCGUGAUGUUUUGGGCUUUUGCAGAACUCACAUGUGGUUUCAUCAUCGCAUGCAUGCCUUCUACCCCGAAGAUUUUAAAGGACCAUGGUGUUCUUGACAAGAUGCGCCGGGCGAUGAGAUCAGUCGUAGGAUUAAAAAACACCCACUUGCGGAGUAUGACCAAGCCCACCACGUCAACGGCCGCGGACCACACCCACACGAAUACGUACAGGAAGAUCGACGAGUAUGGCGUACCGAUGAAGGAUCUCCAGCCAUCAGAGUCGACAGAACAGCUCAGAGACGAUAAGUUUGAUCAGGGCAUCCUACGUACCACUCGCGUAACCGUGAAGCAGGAGUACGUGAGUGAUGCGAAGGGUAACACCAUGGAUCACGGUGCCCUCUGGCAGGGGGAUAGAGUAUAA